GACUCCGUCUGCUCUCGUCUGUUUCCCAGGCGAGGCGCUGCUAAACUCCAACACGGCCUAUGUAUGUCGAUGGGCGCUGCUCAUGUCGAACUAAUGGGCCCGAGUCGUUUAUCGCCAGUCACGUAGUUUACUGGUUUCAUAGACACACCCGGUUUGCGCUCGGCAUAAGCCUCUGCUUGACGUCUUUCACUUUUGUCCCAUCAGUAUCUCCGGACAGAGAUGGCGUCUCUUCUGCAGCCAGACAGGGUUCUGUACCUGGUUCGUGGAGAGAAAAGGACAAGAGCUCCCUUGUCUCAGCUUUAUUUCUGCCGCUACUGCAUCGAGCUACGGUCCCUAGAAUGUGUGUCUCAUGAGGUGGACUCUCAUUAUUGUCCAAGCUGUUUGGAGAACAUGCCAUCUGCAGAGGCUAAGCUUAAAAAAAACAGGUGUGCAAAUUGCUUCGACUGCCCUUCCUGCAUGCAUACUCUGUCAACUCGAGCAACUAACAUUCCUGCUCCUUUGCCUGAUGAUCCUUCAAAGACAACAAUGAAGAAGGCUUACUAUCUGGCCUGUGGUUUCUGUCGCUGGACCUCAAGGGAUGUAGGCAUGGCUGAUAAAUCAGUUGCCAGUGGAGGAUGGCAGGAGCCAGAAAACCCUCACGUUCAGCGGAUCUCCAAGUUGAUUGACUACUAUCAGCAGCUGGCCCACAGAGAAAAGCAGGAGAGGGACAGGAAGAAGGUGGCCAGGAGACGACAAUGCAUGCCCCUGGCAUUCUCGCAACACACAAUUCAUGCGGUGGAGAAAUAUGGACUUGGAAGCCGACUGCAGAGGCAGAGGUCUGGAGCUCCCGUUUCAAGCCUGGCUGGACUCUCUCUUAAAGAAGGGGAAGAUCAGAAAGAGAUCAGCAUUGAGCCUGCUCAAGCCCUUGAUGAAGUGGAACUAUUGCCCGAGGAUUGUUACACCAGACCGGUCACCUUACCAGAGGUGACCACUCUGCGCCAGAGGCUCCUGCAGCCAGACUUCCAGCCUGCAGGAGCGCCUCAGCUCCACCCCAAACACAAACACCUCCUGAUGAAGCGUUCGCUGCGCUGCCGGAAAUGUGAGCAUAACCUAAGCAAGCCUGAGUUUAAUCCAACUUCAAUCAAGUUUAAGAUCCAGCUAGUGGCUGUGAAUUACAUCCCUGAAGUGAGAAUUAUGUCCAUUCCAAAACUCCGAUACAUGAAGGAGAGUCAGGUGUUGCUAACCGUGACUAAUCCAGUGGAGAACAUCACCCACCUCACACUGGCUCCUUGUGAAGAAGGAGAUCCCGAUGACAUCAAUAGCACUGCCAAGGUUUUGUUACCUUGUAAGGAACUGGUCCUGGCAGGAAAAGAUGCUGCAGCAGAGUACGAUGAACUGGCUGAACCUCUGGACUUCCAGGACGAUCCAGACGUUGUUGCCUUCAGGAAAUCAAACAAGAUUGGUUUGUUCAUCAAAGUGAUUCCCCAGGAUGAAAAGGAUGCAGAUGUCACUGUUUCAUUUAAGAUCCGACACGAUUUCCACAACUUUGCCGUUCCCAUGCGGCUGAGCGAGGAGGGUAGCGAUGGCGCUCCUGAGGCCACUUGGCUCUCUCAUCAUGUAGAGCUGAGGCUAGGACCACUCGCCGCUUGAGCUCUGUUUAGACCUUUCAUCUAGUUUCAGUAUGCUUAACUUAUAACUGAUUCAGCCUAUCAUUGUGUAGGAACAGCUUUAGUUGCAGACCAGGUUUUCUCCCCUCAUUUUAGCUUAAACAGCAGGAACAUCUUGGAAAAAUGCAGGUAGUAUGAUGAGCCAUCUUUCAUUGCUCAGUUUAUUAUUACAAACUGUUUAAGUGCUGCUGAAUGAUGUAACGUAGGUGUUACUUUGAAUAAACGUUAUACCAUCUAA